AUAUAAGAAGCAAUAACCAGAUGCCUUAAAACCAUAUCUUUGAAAUAUUGCUUUCAUCAAAUUACAAUGGUUGUGAAGGUAUAUGGCCCAGACUAUGCUUGCCCAAAACGGGUGAUUGUGUGUCUGAUUGAAAAGGAUAUUGAGUUUGAAACGGUACAUGUUGAUGGCUUUAAGGGAGAGCACAAGGAAGCUGAAUACCUUAAGUUGCAGCCCUUUGGAUUACUCCCUGUUAUUCAAGAUGGUGACUAUACUCUCUAUGAAUCUAGGGCAAUCCUAAGGUACUAUGCUGAAAAGUACAAAAAUCAAGGGACUGAUUUGCUUGGAAAGACAAUAGAAGAAAGGGGUCUUGUGGAGCAAUGGCUAGAAGUUGAAGCACAUAACUUCAACCCACCAAUCUACAACUUAGUUAUGAAUCUUUUGGUUUACCCACUAGUGGGACUUCCAUCUGACCAAAAAGUUGUUCAAGAGAGUGAAGAAAAGCUUGGAAAGGUGUUGGAUAUUUAUGAAGAGAGGCUAUCAAAGACUAAGUACUUGGCUGGUGAUUUCUUUAGCCUUGCUGACCUUAGCCAUCUUCCAUUUGGUCAUUAUUUGAUGAAUUCAAUGGGAAAAGAGAAUAUGGUAAAAGAGAGGAAGCAUGUGAAUGCUUGGUGGGAUGAUAUUAGCAAUAGGCCAUCUUGGAAGAAGGUUCUCCAGCUUUAUAAAUACCCUAUGUGAUUAGAGGGUUUGUGGAAGUGAGUGUCCUUUUGAAUAAAAUAAUGUUUUCUUAUCUCCAUGGGCUUGUAAUAAUACUUAUGAGUAAAAUAAUGUUUCAAACAUUGCAAUAAUACUUUGAUGCUAAGGUUGUUAUUAUUUGAGUGUUU